AUGGAAAACAAAAUAUCAUUCUUUCGCGAGUAUGAUAACGUCAAAGAGAAAGUAGAACUGGUAAGACGGUGCCUCAACCAGGAUGACGAUAACGAAGUGAUAAAAAAUUUCACCCUCAUUUUGGAAAAUUUAAAUUAUUUAAACAAUUGCCUGAAUAGCUAUAGGGAAGCCAAAACGGUGUUGGACCCGCACCUGAGUCUGCUGAAGCAGUUGGGGGGAGCAAAUGGAGGUCGUGAACAGAUAAGCAGGAGGGUAGCUUCUGGCGAAAGGGGACUUUCAUGUGAUGUGGGAGGUAGUAGCGAAGAGAGGGGAAAAAAGCAAACAGGUAGGAGUAACAACGGUGAGGAAAAGACGCGCAUUGAAUCAAACGGGGAAGUACAAAACAGCCACGGAAGUCACAUCGAAGGAGAAGAAAAGGAGGGGAGUAACAAAAUUUUAGAUGACACAAAGGAGGAGGAGGAUGAAGAAACCCUCCUGAAGAUGUACACAGUGAUAGAGGAGGUAUACAAAUACUACAACACACUGAUAUCCGUGAGGGGGGAAAAAAAAAUUAAAACUUUUUUUCCAUGUGACUCAUUCUGCUUAAGCAACAUAGUUGACUUAUUGCUCAAACUGAAGGAAAACGAAUUCGUUUUUAACCAUUUGACGAACUUUAAGUCGAAUAGAAUGGAUGAUGGCAACAACGCAUGGGUAAUUUUAUACAUCCUACUCAUAUGGCUGUCGUUCUGCAUGUACAUCCCGUUUAAGCUACUCUCCGUAAGUAGAAAUAUGCUACUUAAUAUUGAAGAAAUAUUUUACUACUACGUGGGGAAGAACGACAAAGCGAAGGAAGCAUGUUCUAUAUUGUAUGCACAGUUUUUAAGGAGGAAUGAUGUACAUCAUGAGAAAAUUUAUUUCACCAAGUUUAUCCUUUUUUCCAAAGAACUUAUGAUAAAAUUGGUGGAAAUAAACUCCCUGGCUGAGAAAAAGACACCACUUGAGGAUGACUUCUUUGUAGUGACCAAUUCAAACAUUGCUUCCUUCAACUGUUGCGUUAAAUUCAGCAAUUUAGUUUUAUGUGGAGUUUUACUAACUCAUAAAAGGUUGCUGAAAAGGGGUGAGAAAAGGCUGUUAAAAAAUUACGCGAAUUUUUAUAAUUUUUUUUUUAUUCAAAAUCAUGUCCAUUUGGACUUUACGCAAAUGUCCAAGUCGUUGAAGAUUCUUUGCCUCGGUUAUUACGCCUUGUUAUUUUUGGAGAAAACUACGGGAAUGGCGCUGCCAAGAGGGGGGGAAGCUAACAAUGGGGAGGGUGCUAACAAUGGGGAGGCUGCUAAUAAUGGGAAGGCUGCUAACAAUGGGACGUCUUUCCAGGGGGGAGGGUCCCCCUCACCACGUUGGAAGACACCAUCACGUGACGUUGGCCCAAGCGAACCUGUUCACUCCGAUCUGUUCGAUAAAUUCCCCCUAUUUUUAAACAUCAACGAGGUGUUCAGCAUGUACCAAAAGGAGACAAAGGAGGGGUGGAAUUUACAGCCUAAAAGAGAAGAACAAGUACUUCUCACAAAUGCAGAGAAAAAAUAUACCUGCGAAAAGGACAUACUACAAAUAUUGAACCUCCUGUUGUAUUAUUUUAACGACAGUAGUACCUACAUUCGGUGGUGCCUCUCCAAAAGCUUCGGAAACAUAUUAUCCCAUCUGAGCAUGCAAAACGUCCGUGUAAUAAUAGAAAAAUUUAACGAGCUAGCCAAAUAUAAUGAUUACAACAUUUGGUGCACCAUUAAUUACACCUUAUUUCAUUACCUCUUUGGAAAGACAAGCCUUUGCACAGAAAUUAUUAAUUUUCUUCUUCGGAAAAUUGUGGAAAGUUUGUACAUGAACAAAGAUAAAAUUUUGGGGAGCACGUUUGUUCUGUUGUAUAGUCUUUUGAAGUACAAUAAGUUUAUUCAAAUGUGUUAUGAGCAGAAUGAGAAGGGGAUCCGAUUUUUUUUCUUCCACUUAAUAUUCACCAAGUUGAUAGUACUGUCUUUGUUCGAGGAUAAUAUCAAUUUGAGGAAAUCUGCCAUGUCGCUUCUGCAAAUUUUUAUUGGGAAGUUUAACUUUUUUUACCAAUUUGAUGGGCACUCACUGGAUGGUACCUCUUCGGAGGCUUCUUCCCUCCACAACAGGGAGAUAUUCUUCAACGAUAUUGUGCACUUUGUGAGUUUGUUUUUUAGCGGCGAUGCGGUAAGUGCCUACUAUGAGGGGCUGCAGAAGGGGCGGUUGGGCGGCGCUGCGAAGGAAGGCGGCGUAACACAGGAGGAUGGCUGCGUAACACAGGAGGGGGGCGGUGCAGCACAGGAGGGUGGCUCCGUAACACAGGAGGAUGGCAGCGCUGCGAAGGAUGGCUGCGUAACACAGGAGGAUAGCAGCGCUGCGAAGGGAGGCGGCUUCCCAGAGACCCAAGCCCACGUGGGCACCAGAAAACUGCUGGAGGAAUCCAAAAAGGAUAUGUUCAACACGAAUAUUGACAUCCUGUCGACUUGCAACUUCAGCGAGCUCAUCAAUUUGAAAAAGUCUAUCAUCAUAAAAACAAAAGAUGUGUGCAAAUUCGUUUUGUACAAAUACCCAGUGAUUUUCCACUUAUAUUCCUUUAAGCUGUUUCACGAAAAUGUGAAUAUCAGAUUGCUGUCAGCAGAAUCGCUAGCUAAUCUGUCCUCCAACAAUGGAGACUACUUCAUAAAGGUGGUUCUUCCCUUUUUGGUGAAAAAAAGCUACGAAGAAAAUGUAUGGAUAAAGCAUGGAUCCAUCAUAUGCAUUUCGAAAAUAUUGUUAAAGUUGGAACAACAUAUCGAUGAAAAUUUACAAAACGAAAUAAAAAAAAUUAUCAUUUUUAACGAAAAAAAAAGAAUAUAUAAAUUUAAAAAGGGAGAAAUUCUAAGGCAUUCAAUAUGUCUACUCAUACAAAGUAUAUGUCAAUGUGAUUAUUUCUUGGUGAAGGAAAAAACACACUCAUUUUUUCUCGAUGUUUUACAAAAUAAUUUGUUCCAUUAUAAUGAAAUUAUACAAUAUGAAGCAUCCAAAAUUUUCUUCUACAUGCCCAUAUAUCUGUUAAAAAGAGAAAAAGCCAUUCAUUACCUAUACAAUAAUGUUCUUUUGAAAAUUGUAAAGGAGAAGGAUAAUUUCCUUCAUUUGAAGGGUUACUUCAUUCUCCUUUUAUUCGUUAGUGAAGAAAUAAUUCCUGACGUUUCUUCCGAUUUAAACUAUUUUAUUAUAUUUUAAAUGGACGAACUGGAUGUAAAAAAUAACAACCCUAUCCAGAAUGAUGCCUUUUUUUUUAAAAAAAUCAACUUUGAGAUAUACCCCAUUGAUUUUAAUAUGAAGAUAUUUUGCCUCCUUGCUUUGUUUAACAUAGUGGACAAAUUAAGGAGAAGGUACAUCUCCCAGUUUUUGUUCCUUUACGAGGAAUGCACUACCAGCUUUAGAGGACUCAUCAGGUCCAAAAAGGGAGGAAGUAAAGAAAAGAGGAGUGCCCGCCUUAACAGCUACGAAAGUAGCAUUCGGCACAGCUCUUCUUCCAACAUAAACAUGCCCCUUGAAGAGUCGGAUGGAGAAUCCUGGGCGUAUGACAGUCUCCACAAUGGCGUGUGUACAAAUGGGUACUCUGUCGAGGAACGCGAUGGUGGAGCCACGACUGCUGGGGAGAAAUGGCCUUCCUUCGGGGAUAACUCAACUAUCGAAAGUGACCGCGAAGUAGAUUCCACAAAGUUGAAGCCCCGAUGUGACACAAAGGUGGAAGUAACUCAUGACUUAGCGACGCAAAAGAAAAGGGAAAAACGAAGGAACACCUCCUUUUACAUGAAGCAAAAAGUCAAACUUGUUAAGAAGAAUAUAUCAUGGGAGGAGGUCAUAGAGGAAGGGAAAAAACAAAACAAGGACGUUUUUCCGUUAUCAUUAGACAUUAACAAAGUAGCAAAAGUAUUGAUUCUCUACUUGCAGGAAUAUGUGUACGAAAGUGACAUAGGCGAUUCGCACGUCUUCGUUAGGGAGAUAUGUCUAGGGCUGACUGCGUUCUUGUUAACGUCAUACCCGCUGUACUUUUUCAAGAGGAGUGAUAAAAUUGUGCAGAGGAGGAACAGGGGGAGGAAGACAGCACCUGAGGGAAGAGCUAAGGUAGACAUGGAACCGCAGCAAACGGGUGUGAACAACGAGCUAACCCCAGCUGUAGGAACAAACGGGGAGAACCGCACGAAGGAAGAAGAACCCACCCAGAAUUACUUCUACGAGCGGUUCGACUCGGAUGACAGUGGGGAGGAUCAAAGCAGCGAUUGGGAGGGGCAAAGCAGCAAUGGGAAGGGGCAAAGGAGCGAUUGGGAGGGCCAAAUCAGCAGUGGGGAGAGCCAACGCAGCAACGGGGAGGAACGCCAAAAGGAAAAGCAAAAGAGGGAGGUAACCCCCCACGCAGAGGCUGGGGAGGACCAAGUUGUCCUUAUGUACGUCCUAUUUGAGGUUAAAAAAAAAUACAUAAACAUACUAACCCAGUUGCUGCUAAAAUUAUUAUGCGAAAAAAAUAUCAGGACAAAUAAAAUGUGCUUAUUCCUUUUGAAUUAUCUGUACAAUUAUGCCACUUUUAAUUCCUGUGGAGAGAGGGAGACGUUCGAAUUCUCCAACGUUCUCAACAAAUACUGCCAUGAUUUCCCAUACGAACUUUACCUUAAAAAAAAAAUGGAUGACAAUGUUAGAAAAAGUAAGCGUAACAUUUAUCAAUACUUGAGCACAUCCCGGACGAACAUUUACAACGUCUUUGAUAAUGUAACGGUCCAUUUGUGUGAUUAUUACGAGCCGAUAUAUUUGAAGGGUCAUGGGGGAGCCCCCAGUGUGAGUUAUGCCAAUCGUUCGAAUGAUAAGAGGAUGAAAAGUCUCCCCGGGGGAACCAGCAACAAUCCCUGCACUUGCACAUACGAAGAAGAAAUCACCGCACUGUUCCUGAAUCGUCCAUACAAGUAUGGCCUCAUCAAGACCGUUUUUAACAAAAUUAAUAAUUUUAUUUAUUUGUACAACUACGCUUUGAAGUACACGAGCUUUUCCGUUUUCCACAAGAAUAAGUUUGCUUCUACGAGGAAGGGGCUUAUGCGCGGACAGGCCUGCUCGGGCGACAUCGGCGGAUACAACCCCGUUGGCAACGCCGCUCCAAGUGGCAACACCGCUGGAAGUGGUAACGCCGCUCCAGUUGGUAACGCCGCUCCAAGUGGUACCCCCCCCCGGAGAGACCUCCAAUUCGAGAACAUCCUCAUCAACAACGACUUCGUAGACGAUAUAAAUCUAAGCGAAAGUGAAGAAAAGGUAUCAGUUGAGGAGGAAAAUUUAAUAAAAGACGUCCAUUUCUUGCUAGACAAAACGAAAAAAAAUAUCAGCGUAAUUAAAUGCUUGGAGUAUAGCGAAUCGUAUCUGUACAGUCACAUUUUUUACCUGCUGUUCUUAAAUAAAUAUAAUUACUAUCUGAUUAGCGGUUUUUUUAACACCCUGUGUUACUACACCGCGCACACUGAGUAUAGCAAUUAUGCGUACACGAAUGUGAUGAAGAUGGGACGGGAGAAGUCUAUUGAAUUUUUAUUUUUCGAUUUCCUCGUCCGAUACAAAGAUGUGUAUACCUUUGGCUACAUCCGGGACGACGUACUGUUUCUGUACAUUAGAUACUACAGGAUGUUUUAUAUGGGGUGCGACUACGAGGAGGUCGGUGAGAUAAUCCGUGCGUUCAACGAGGGGAGGGCUGGGCGCAGAAGGCACAAAGGGGGUAAUGACCACAAGUGUAACAAUCAGUAUCACGAUAUGGAUACGGAUAAGCAUAAUGAUGGUGACACUCGGAGAGACCACACUGAAGGAACAGCUGCUAACAUAGAGCAAACUGCACGGGAACACCCACUUGCCCUGCACCUACACAACAUCAACUUAGGCGAAAUACUUUCACUCGAAAAAAGAGAAGACCAGUUUGACUUUUUAAAAAAUAUAUUUCAUGACUAUAACAUAUUCUUCGACAGAAAUGUAAUUUUUUUGACUGACGAAGAAUGCGGCGGGGGGGGGGGCACGAAAUGCAUAUUAAAAAGGGGAAAAAAAAAAAAAAAAAAAAAAAAGAGACAGGCAAAAAAACAAAAAAAAAAAAAAUAUCAAGACAAAAUUGAAUUAUUAGAAUAUGUGAACAUUUGCUUAAUUAAAAUUUUAUACUACUUGAAUAAUUUCAACUUAAUACAACUGGAGACAUUUUUAAAAAGUGUUAAUUCUUUUGUGAAGUUUUCCCUGAUGAAUAAUUUUGCGGCCUUUUGUUUUUUAAACUUCUUCCUUUCCACCUUCGAAAAAUACGGAACCUUUUCGCUCGUUCGAACGAUUUCGGAGUUGACAAUAAAUAUUUUCAUGUGUGCAACUCUGCACUUAAAUGUUAAGCGCCUGGCCUUCUUCCUGGUCCUGCACAUGCUCCUGCACAGAUACCCCAAGAUACGGGAAUGCACCAACGAGUACCUCUACGCGAACGUUAAUUUUAUUUCCCCAGACGAGGUAAGGAAUUACCUAUUUAGCAGCUACGAAGAUUUAGAAGAAAUAAUUUCCAUUCUGAUCAGCACGCAAUUUUCUGAGGCGCUUAAGGAUGGCAAACUUGCAACCCCAAUAAGGGAAGCGCUCAUCUUCACUUUUGUUAUAAUCAAAGUUGUAGUCGUCUUCUAG